AUGCCGGCCGCGCCCCUGCCGCUGACGACGCAGGGUGUCUCACCGGCAGGAGCUCGGAAGGAGGUGGAGGUGCGCGUGACGACGCCGCGCAUGGAGGGCAAUGACCCCAUCACGCGCAAGUGCCGCGAGAUCUUCAUGCGCAUCGACGCGAACAGCGACGGAGCGGUGAGCAAAUUGGAAUUCGUGCAUUCUGUCGCCAGGGAUUCGACCGUUUCUGCCUUUGUGCUGCCUGGGGAGGAUAACAGCAAUCUUCUUCAGGACGAGUCCAAGUUCGAUGCAGCCGAGGAGGCGUUUGAGGCCAUUAGCGCGGACAGGAAUCGAAUCAACUUCUCUGACUUCGUAGCGCACUUCCGCAGGGUCAUGAGCGAAGAUAAAUCGGACAAAGGUGAGAUGAGGGCAGUCUUCGACGCUAUCGAUACCGAUGGGAGUGGUUCGAUUUCAAAGCUUGAACUCGUCGCCGCGAUGCAGGGCAACCCUCGUGUGGCCCAGUUCGUGAUGCCGGGUGUGGACAGCAGCAAGGUGAUGCAAGAGGAGUGGAGCUUUGAUAUGGUGAGCACGGUCUUCCAGGCCAUCUCUCAUGGCAAGCGCCGCAUCGACUUCGCAGAUUGGCUCGCGUACUUCCAGCGCGUGAAGAAGGCAAACAAUGCUCCGAACCUGACGCGGACAAAAUCGCAGGUGCACCGAAAACGGACGAGCACCGUUGUGCUCGUCAUUGGUCCAGGGCAGGGCCGCGGGCUUGAAGCCUCCGGCUUCCAGGUGCACUUCAGCGCAGCGCCAUGCCCAGACCAACCCGGUUUCCCAAUGCACGCCUACCUGGGCCAUGUCAGGGCAGAAUUAGACCGGGUGCAGCCGGAUGUUGUUGUGGCUUUCUCGUCUGGCACCGCGUACGCGGUGGGCCUCUGGCAGUGUGGCUGGCGGGGGCCCGCAGUGCUCGUCAACGUACACCCGAGUUGCACGGUGCUGCCUCCCGACUGCAACGUGGUGCUCGCGCACGGCUCAAACGACGAGCGAUACCCCAGGGCUCGCGAGCAUUUGGAGUGGCUCCUGACUACGGGCGAUCCGAGCAAAAGCUUUCUCCUGUACACUGCGAACAGCGGGCAGUUGGCCACCGGACAGUUCUCGCGGUUCGGCGACCGGCACAGCAUGGAAUCUCUCAGGUUGCAUGACAGCCUGGCACGUCUUGUCGAUGCCGCGCUCAGCCCCGACAGCCCAGAUUUGUACUUCCUGCGCACGUGCCGCGAGAGAAUGACGCAGGUGCGCCUGGAUGCCGAGGGAAGGCUGGGAUACACGCCCGAGUCGCUGCGGAAGCUUUGGGUAUCCCCGAACCAGCGGGGGAUGGACCGCCAGAAACUCUUCGACGUGCAUCCUGGGAGUGAGGAAUUCCAGCUCGUCUCCACGGUCUUCAAGUCUCAGCCCCACGAGGCACCGACGUAUCCGCUCAAGCCCAAGGAGGUCUGGAAUAUGGCAAGGGUAGUGCGCGUGCAGCGGGUCGAGAAUGGCACCCAGUUCGACGGGAGCGUUAAGCCUUACUUCGACUCUUUGCGGACGUCGGUCGAGGGUCAGGAUUUGGUGUUCGAGCCUGGAACGCACACCGUGUGGGGUUUCCACGGUGCGGACCUCGCCGCGAUCGAGUCUAUCGUGGAGAACCCAGCGUCUGGCUUCCAGCCGCUGGUAUCGGGCACCAAGAAGGCAUCGUUGUGGGGCUCCGGCACGUACUUCGCGCGCGACGCCAAGUACGUGGCGGAGGGCAACUUUUGUGCCCCGCCGGCGGGUGACGGGACGCAGAAGAUGCUGAUGUGCUUGCUCGGGUCCGGGAUGCCGUGCCUGGGGAGCCCGGAGCACCGCGGCGUCUUGCCUUUCCGGCAGAAGCCGCAUCGCUACAAUUGCUCCGUGGAUUCCAUGAGCAGCCCUGAGAUCUAUGUCAUUCAGCAUCCAGGCGGCGCGUACCCAGCGUACCUCAUCACCUUCGCGCAGGCAAAUGGACCUCCCCAUUGA